AUGGAGGCACCAGCCAGCAGCCUAUCCGCCACCCUCGAGCGCGAUGGCUUUGCCUACGGUCGCGGAGCUGCGCUGGCGGCCUCCUGCGAGCGGCUCAGAGCUCACGCAGACGAGGCACUCGCACGUGUGCUCGACCUGGACCUCGACGCUCAGCGUGAUCUUUUUGGAGAGAUCCGGACGCCGCUCUACCGCAGAGACCUCAAGCUCUCGCUGGCGCCGGCAGUGACACAGGUCCUGUGUGAGGUGGCGCAGGCGCUGGGCGAGUCGUUGCAGGCGGCUGUUGGAGCGGCGGCAAAUCUGUGUGAGCUGUCCGUCAUCAGCUCCGAUCCGGGCGCAGAGGCGCAGCCCACUCACUGCGACACGUCCUACCAGGGCGCACCGGCCGACGUCGCCAUCGGCCGCCUCGUCUCGGAGCACAGCCUGCUCUCGCUGCAGCCAAAGUCCGACUUCCCGGCCGUUCUGCGCGACCGCCCGACCGAGCUCGCCCUCCUGCGCACCGGCGACGCGCUCCUCAUGGACUCGAGGCUCUGGCACCGCGGCGGCGCCAACAAAUCGCGCAGCCGCCGCAGCCUGCUGGGCGAGUAG